UGUUCUUAUCAUUUAGAUAAAAUUGCCGAUAACUUGCAUAAAAUGGGUUGUUCAACCACUUGUGUUUUCUGUAUAUAAAAAGUAUAUAUAAUAUACAUAACAUAUAUAAAAAGUUCACAUCCUCGUCAUUUCUGAAGGAUCGCCAAUAAUUUUGCUCAGAAACGUAAUGUUUUCUAAAACCUUUGUCACAUUUUGGGCGUCAGUGCUUCUACUGCAAGCUCUCUGUGUUACAAAAGUUGAUUCCCAAUCUGCCGAUGAUUAUCCACUACCAUGUAGCAGUGAAAUCUACUGUCACGGUCCCCUCCUCGAAACUGUUCAGCUCAGUCGUCGCAACAUGACCGACGCUAGCAAAAGUUUUGUCGACAUGUCGCUUCGACACUCUCCCGAAGACAUUCUCGCCUCCUUCGCCAGGCUCAACUUCACCGGCGACGUGUCAGGAAACGCUACCCAACUUGACCAGCUUAAUGUCUUCCUGGCCGAAAACUUUGCCGGACCAGGGACGGAAUUCGAAAAUAUUACUUUUCCCGAUUGGACCGAUUCGAAUUCGAUCCCAUUUUUCGAUACUAUUGUGGACCCCGAUCUGAAAGAUUGGGCUGUGCGGCUGCACUCCAUUUGGAAUGAGCUGGGUCGUCAAAUAAUUCCGAGCAUGAACAACUCUGAUCGCACUUCGAUUAUUUAUUCCCCCAAUCCUGUCGUUGUUCCGGGGGAACGGUUUCGUGAAUUUUAUUACUGGGAUUCCUACUGGAUUCAGAGGGGGUUGCUUGUUUCUGACAUGGCAAACACGGUGAAGGGGAUGAUUGAGAAUUUCCUCGACUUUGUGGACCGUCCCGACCUGGGUUAUGUGCCGAAUGGUGGUCGCAUCUAUUACGAGAGGAGUCAACCUCCCCUACUGAUUCCGAUGAUUGAAGCGUAUUACAACCACUCGGGGGACGAUGUCUUCAUUCGUGAGAACUUUGCCGUGAUGCAGAAAGAGUUCCAGUUCUGGAUGCAGAAUAGAACGGUCACUUUUGAGAAGGAUGGGGCUAAUUUUACCAUGGCGAGGUAUGCCGUGGAUAGAAAGGGGCCAAGGCCGGAAGCGUUCCAGAAAGAAUUUGACCAAAUCGACCCCCUCGAUAUUAGCAAUACGACCAAAAACGAGAUUUAUUCACAUUUAAAAUCUGCAUGUGAAUCUGGCUGGGACUUUUCAACGCGGUGGUUUGUUGUGGAGGGUUCGGAAAUUGAAGGUAAUUUCUCCUCAACCCGAACCCGUGACAUUAUCCCGGUCGACCUCAACGCAUUCUUGUACUGGAAUGCCGUACUUCUCCAAAGGUUCUGCCUCCAGGUCAACAUCCCUGUCGAACAAUGCGCCUACUACGGGAACAAGGCGGACGAGUUGAAGACCGCGAUUCACCAAGUCCUCUGGGAUGAAGGGACUGGAUCUUGGUACGAUUACGAUUAUGUUAGAGGAACCACCCGAAAGGACUUUUACACCUCAAACCUUACCCCUCUCUGGGCGAAGGCGCAUCACGACGCAGCUAACGUUUUGCCAAAGGUCAUCAACUAUUUGGAGACCAGUGGGGCGCUCGAUUAUCCGGCCGGAAUUCCAACCUCGCUCAGAAACGAGUCUUUUCAACAGUGGGAUUUCCCCAAUGCUUGGCCACCCCUGGUUCACAUGGUUGUCGAAGCCUUGGAAAAUUCUGGGAAUGAAAAUGCGAGUCGGAUUGCGUUCAAAAUUGCGCAAGAUUGGACGGACGCGAACUAUAUCGGAUUUAAAGUUUCUGAUGAAGCCAUGUUUGAAAAGUAUGACGUGCGAAUACCCGGCUGUCGUGGGAGUGGAGGUUAUUAUGAAACCGUGCUUGGUUUUGGAUGGACGAACGGCGUGAUUUUAGACUUUUUUCAAAAGUACGGGGAUCGAUUAGUGGCUCCAGUUGUGCCUGAAAAUCUACAAUGUGGAGAUGUUACGAAUGCUCAAUCCCAAUUAAUCCCUGUGAAUGGCGUUUAUCUAAUUGCACAAUUUUUUCAUAUCGUAACUUAUUUUAUCUACAGGCUAAUUUAACUUAACUUUAAUCUUUUAGUAAGGUUACUUACAAUUAAAAACUUACAAUUAGAUACUUACAAUACUGAAAUAUUAAGUCUUAUCUAAGGUUAUCAAUGACAAUACAUGAUCCCACCCCCAAGAGUAUAAAUAAUUCUAGAAUUUAUAACUAAAUAGUGAGCAAUUAGUAUAAUAUAAAGUUAUGAUGAAGAUACAAAUUGAAUAAAACAAUGUGGUACUCUUCGAUUUCAAAGGUUAUCAUUCGAAUAAACAUAUAUAAAUUUGCACAAUACUUGACUUACAAUAGUUGAAUCUGAUAAAAAUAUAUGACCAAAAAUAGCACGUUUUACCAGAAAUAAAAACAGACCUAGCAAAUUAA